AUGUUCCGCGGCGUCACGGGGCGUUGCCGCGUGCGUGUGUUGUGUCUCACGGCGGUGCCCGACGGCGGGGCCAUGACGCUGGCGCUGCGGAAGCUCGGCUACAUGCCGUACACGCUGCGCUCCUGCUUCCAGCAGGGCCACGCAGCCCGCCACCCGGCGGAGUGGUCGCGGAUACUGAACGGCGAGCAGCCGGUGGACAUGCGGCUGCUCAGCAACCACGACGCCGUUGUUGGGCCGCCGGCGAUGCUGAUUUACGACCGCCUGCUGCGCGCGUGCCCGGAGUACACCAAAGUCGUCCUUGUGGAGGAGCCGGACAAGCGGCGGUGGGUGCAGGAGUACGAGACCCACGUGGGUCCGCUGCUGCAGGACGGCGCGGGCGGCACACACCCCCGUCGCCGCCGCCGCCUCGGCCGCAGCGGCAUCGCCAAGGCGUUCGACGAAAUGAUCCACAAAAUGACGCCCUGCGGCGGGGCGGCGGGGCCCGUCGCGGCACUUGAGCGCUACGAGGCCGACGUCCGCUCCAGCGUGGACAAGUCCAGGCUGCUGGUCUACCGCUACGGGGACGGCUGGGAGCCGCUCUGCGGCUUCCUCGAGAAGGAGGUGCCGCACGAGCCCUUCCCGCCGUACGACAGCGGCGUGCGUGUCAUUGGGAACCUGCAGGAGCGCAUUGAACGCACAGAGAAGUUGACGUAUUUGGUGGCGGCGCUGGCGUGCCUCGGUGUGGCCUACGUUGCCUACCCCGUGUUUGGCUCCGCGCAGACCUACCUGCGUGAGCUUUACCGCGACUACCAAACGGCGUACAGCACAAAGUAG